AUGUCUACCUCGCGUGAAGAUUCCGUCUACCUUGCCAAGCUCGCUGAGCAGGCCGAGCGCUACGAAGAAAUGGUCGAGAACAUGAAGGCCGUUGCCACUGCUGGCGAUGAGCUGAGUGUCGAGGAGCGAAACCUUCUUUCUGUUGCCUACAAGAACGUCAUUGGUGCCCGCAGAGCCUCAUGGCGAAUUGUGUCAUCCAUUGAGCAGAAGGAAGAGAGCAAAAACAAUACUGCUCAGGUCGCCUUAAUAAAGGAAUACAGAACUAAGCUUGAGGGUGAGCUUGCCAAGAUUUGCGACGACAUCCUCGACAUCUUGACCAACCACCUCAUCCCUGCCGCUAAGACUGGCGAGUCCAAGGUCUUUUAUUACAAGAUGAAGGGUGAUUACUACCGUUACUUGGCUGAGUUUGCUUUCGGUGCCCAGCGCGAAAAGACCUCUAAGGAAUCUCUCGAUGCCUAUGUUGCUGCCUCCGACAUUGCCAACACUGAUCUUGCUCCUACCCACCCCAUCAGACUUGGUCUUGCUCUUAACUUCUCUGUCUUUUACUAUGAAAUCCUCAACUCUCCUGAAAGAGCCUGCCACCUCGCCAAGCAGGCCUUUGACGAUGCCAUUUCUGAGCUCGACACACUCUCUGAGGAUAGCUACAAGGAUUCUACUCUCAUUAUGCAGCUGUUACGCGACAAUCUGACUCUUUGGACCUCUGACAUGUCCGAGAUUGACUCUUCCGCCAAUGCUGCUCCUGCUGCUGCCGCUGCUCCUGCUGCCGCUCCUGAAUCUGAGGAGGCUGCUCCUGCUGCUGCUCCUGCUGAGGAGGCCGUUAAGCCCAAGGCUGAGGAGACUGCCGAUGAACCUGCCACUGCUGCUGCCGCUUCCUAA